AAAAUGAAGAACAUUUUACUAAUGACCUUUCUGGUUUUUAUUAGUUCUCCAGGUUGGGCAAAAGAUAGGCACUACUACAUAGGCAUUAAAGAAACCACUUGGAACUAUGCUCCUACUGGUAAAAAUAUGCUCAAUGGAAAGCCAUUUUCCAAAGAUCAAGAGUUUCAGUCCCAAAAAUAUCUGCAACGUGGCCAAGAUAGGAUAGGAUCUGUUUAUAAGAAGGCUUUGUAUUUUCAUUAUACUGAUGAUACAUUUCGAAGGAUCAUUAAAAAACCAUCCUGGUUGGGAUUUUUAGGUCCGAUAAUUAAAGCAGAGACUGGAGACUGGGUUUAUGUACACGUAAAAAAUUUUGCUUCAAGGAUGUAUAGUGUCCAUCCUCAUGGAGUCACCUACACUAAAGAAACUGAAGGUGCUCUCUAUCCCGAUAAUACUACGGACCUGCAAAAGGAAGAUGACCGUCUGGAACCAGGGAUGCGGUAUACUUACAAGUGGUUUGUGGAGGAAAAGCAGGGGCCUGGCCCCAAUGACAGUGAUUGUGUGACAAGGAUUUACCACUCCCAUGUAGACUCUGUAAGAGAUGUGGCUUCAGGACUCAUUGGACCAAUGCUGACUUGUAAAAGAGGCACACUGGAUGGAGACACUGAAAAAAAUAUCGACAAGUCAUAUGUUCUGUUGUUCACUUCAAGUGAUGAAAACCAGAGCUGGUAUAUCGAUGACAAUAUUGAUACGUACACUAAAUCCGGCCAAGUUGAUGCUAAUGAUCAUGACUUCCAGGAGAGCAAUGUCAUGUAUGCAAUUAAUGGAUACAUGUAUGGAAAUCUACCCAGCCUCACCAUGUGUGCUGAGGACAGGGUCAGGUGGCAUUUGGUUGGCAUGGGUGCUGCUUUAGAUGUACACCCCAUCUAUCUCCAAGGACAAACUCUAUUCUCUCGGAAUCACAGAAAGGACGUCAUUACCGUCUUUCCUGCCUCACUGGAGGAUGCCUUCAUGGUGGCCAAGGGCCCUGGAGAAUGGAUGCUGGGCUGUCAUGUAUAUGAGCCUAUGAAAGCCUUUUUCAAUGUAAAGAAUUGCCAAAAACCUUCAGCAGAUCUUACUGGGACAGAUGUUAUACAUUACUAUAUUGCUGCUGAAAAUAUAUUUUGGAACUAUGCUCCAACUGGUAUAGAUUUCUUCACUAAAAAGAGUUUAACAGCAAAUGGAAGUGAAUCCCAGAAAUAUUUUGAACAAGGCCCAACCAGAAUUGGAGGAACUUACCAAAAACUAGUUUACCGUGAAUACACAGAUGCUUCCUUCCAAAAACAGAAGGCAAGAGAAGAGCACCUUGGAAUCCUUGGCCCUGUCAUCAAGGCAGAGGUAGGACAGACCAUCAAAGUCACUUUCUAUAACAAUGGUCCCCGGCCACUCAGUAUUCAGCCUCAGGGACUGCGUUACAGCAAAGACAACGAGGGCUCAUUCUACAAAACACCCGGAGGAAGCACCCCUCCAGCCUCCUCACAUGUAGAUCCUGGCACAACAUUUGUCUAUACAUGGCAAGUUCCACCAGAUGUGGGUCCUACCUCCACGGACCCCAACUGCCUGACCAUGUUAUACUACUCCUCAGUCAAUGGGACAAAAGACGCAAACACUGGCCUUGUAGGGCCUCUCCUCGUGUGCAGAAAGGGGAGUCUUGGAGAGGAUGGCAAACAGAAGAAAAUAGACAAAGAGUUUUACCUACUUGCCGCAAAUUUUGAUGAAAAUGAUAGUUAUCUCUUGGAUGAAAAUAUUAGAACAUUUACCACAGAGCCUGAAAACGUGAAUAAAGAGGACCAAGACUUCCGAAACUCUAAUUUUAUGAACUCCAUAAAUGGAUACAUGUAUGGAAAUCUGCCCGGACUGGAUAUGUGUUUAGGAGACAAUGUUUCAUGGCACCUUCUUAGUGUGGGAUCAAAUCCAGACUUGCAUGGAAUAUAUUUUUCAGGGAAUACCUUUAUUUCCCUAGGACAAAGGGGCGACACUGUAUCUCUGUUUCCCUAUACUUCCCAAACACUUUUAAUGACACCUGAUUCCACAGGAAAUUUUGGCGUGGUUUGUCUGAUUUCAGAGCCCUAUCAAAAAGGCAUGAAAAAUAUAUACAAAGUGAAGCAGUGUUCAAAGCCAUAUCCUGAGCAAACACAGGACCAGGAGAAAAUUAUCUAUAUCGCAGCUGAGGAAAUUGUGUGGGAUUAUUCUCCUAGCAGGAAGUGGGAGAAAGAACUGAAACGUUUACAAAGAAAGGAGAAUCAAACAAACAUAUUUUUGGAUAGAACUGAGACAUAUCUUGGGUCCAAAUACAAGAAAGUUGUAUAUCGUCAAUAUGAUGAUAUCACAUUCACAAAAAAAACAGAGAGAAAUGAAGAUGAAAAACAUCUGGAUAUUCUAGGUCCUUUAAUAUUUGCCAUCCCUGGUGAGAAACUCCGAAUUAUCUUUAAAAAUAAAGCCUCAAGACCAUAUUCUAUUUAUGCUCAUGGAGUGAAAACACACAAUUCCACCAUUGUUCCAACACAGCCCGGAGAGACCCGAACAUACCUUUGGGAGAUCCCUGAAAGAAGUGGUCCUACCUCAAAUAACUUUGAAUGUAUACCUUGGUUUUACUAUUCUACUGUGGACGUGGUUAAGGAUUUUCAAAGCGGACUGAUCGGUCCUUUGAUAGUAUGUCGCAAAGACACAAAAGCCAGCAUAGUUCACCGUGUGCUCCUCUUCGCGAUGUUUAAUGAGGAUGACUCCUGGUACUUGGAAGAAAAUAUCAAUACCUAUUCUCUAAACCCGAACGAAGUGGACAGAAGUAAUCCUAAUUUCACCCUCAGCAACAGCAUGCACGCAAUUAACGGAAGAAUGUUUGGAAAUAACCAAGGUCUGACGUUUCACGUUGGGGAUGAAGUGAAUUUCUAUCUGUAUGGCAUGGGACGUCCCUUGGACCUGCACACGGCUCAUUUUCAUGGCCACAGCUUUGAAUUCAAGGAUUGGGGACUGUUUCGCUCUGACGUUUAUGACGUUCCUCCUGGGGUCUAUCAAACCAUAAAAAUGUAUCCAAGAGAUGUUGGAACCUGGUUAUUUCAUUGCCAUGUUAGUACCCACAUUGAUUUUGGAAUGGAAAGUACUUACACUGUAAUCGAAUGAAAAGCAUAACUACCUCCCUGAAUCAGAGCUAAAGCUGUUAAAGAAGAAAAACUCCAGGGAUGAAGGAGUCUUAAGGCCUGGCUAGACUUCCA